AUGUCUAACACUGCUACGCCUGCCAUUUUCAUAUUUGGUGACUCUACCGCUGAUGUAGGAACGAAUUCAUUUUUGACCAAAACUCCUAUUGAGUAUAAAGCUAAUUAUCCCCACCAUGGUAUCGAUUUUCCCAACUCUAGACCGACAGGACGAUUCAGCAAUGGCUUUAACAGUGCCGAUUACCUCUCAAAGCUAAUGGGACACAAAAGAAGCCCACAACCGUACUUGUUUCUCCUUAGAGCGGGACUCAGAAAGCAGAUGUUUAGAGGUGUAAAUUUUGCCUCCGCGGCAUCCGGUCUUCUUGAUGUGACAGGAAAACAAUUGAAUAUUGUACCAAUGUCAAAGCAAAUCAAGCAAUUCGAGACGGUUCUUAGCAAUCUAACUUUGGUAAAGGGUCGAGGAGCGGCUACAAAUAUUAUCGCAAAAUCCGUGUUUGCCAUUAGUGUCGGAAGCAACGACAUUUUUGGCUAUUUUCAAGACAAUAGCACUGUUGAUCCUCCUAUUUUCAUUGCCUCACUAAUCACAGAAUACAAGUGUCAUAUUGAGUCUUUGUACAAACUCGGUGCAAGGAAGUUUGGGAUCAUAAGUGUGCCUCCAAUCGGAUGUUGUCCAUCACAAAGACUCAAUAAUCAUACAGGCGGAUGCUUUGAGAUCGAAAACACUUUUGCUCGUGCAUUUCACGCGUCACUCGAUGCCCUUUUGGAGAAACUCUCUUGUGAACUAAAAGGAAUGAAGUAUUCACUUGGAAAUUCAUAUAACAUGACAAUGAAUGUCAUCACAUACCCACAACUAUUCAACUUGACGUCUGUUGAUGCAGCAUGUUGCGGCGAAGGGGUGUUACGUGCACAAAAGGGUUGUUCUCCAAAAGCAAGUUUAUGUCCGAAUCGUGAGAACUACCUCUUCUGGGACUUGUUUCAUCCAACACAGUAUGCAUCCGAGCUUGCAGCCAACACAUUAUACAAUGGUGGACCGGAAUUCGUAAAACCGAUUAACUUUGCGCAGUUGGCUGCAUAUUGA